AUGACCUCGGAACUGGAGGCUGCGCCCGUCCUAUCUACCCCCGAUGAUCGAAUCCUCGAAGCAACGGACCCCGUCGUGCCGGUCGCGAAUCGUUCCCUGUCGGAGGAAGAACUCGCCAUUACCUAUGACAUCGAGCGCACAUUAAAGGAAAUCCGCCAAGCGCGGUAUAAGCGGAUUGCGCUCCAGUUUCCGGAUGAGAUGCUUCCCGAUGCACCACAGGUGUUUCAGUUGUUGAGUCGGGGGUUGGAGGCUAGGGAUAUUGUGGAUGGCAAGAAGGACGAGACGGGAGGCGAGAGCUCUACAACAAAUGGUCUGGCGGAUUCCGUAUCUCGACUUGAUGUUCGAGAUGCGGCUGAGCAGCCGCCGAAGCUCUACAUCUUGGCUGAUACAUCUUACGGGACGUGUUGUGUUGAUGAGGUUGCUGCGGAGCACGUCGAUGCGGAUGUUGUCGUGCAUUACGGCCGGUCAUGUUUAUCGCCAACUGCUAGGCUUCCGGUGAUUUACGUCUUUACUCACAAGGAAUUACAUCUCGGUCCGCUUGUAAAGGCGUUUAAGGAGACAUACCCGGAUCCCACCGCGAAAGUGAUCCUCGCCGCAGAUGUGACCUACUCAGACCAUGUUCCAGAAGUAUACUCCAGACUGGUCAAGGAGGGAUACAGCAAUCUGUUUGCUACGGUGUUGGACCAUGACCCCUCGUCCGUUAUUCCUAACCGCACCGUUCCGGACUCAGUCAAGGAGACCCCCGAGUCACUGAUAGAUUGGCAACUCUUCCAUAUCUCCGAGCCACCAACUGCUCUCCUUAUGACGCUGGCGUCUCGAGUAGCAGCCAUCCACAUAUAUCCUACCGAUUCCCCGGCAGGCAGCGACGUCAAGCCUUUACCGGCGUCGACUUCAGCAAUCCUGCGCCGUCGCUACGCGAUCUUAACUCGGCUGAGUACGGUGCCUAUUUUCGGCAUCCUGGUCAACACACUCAGCGUAAAGAACUACCUUCAUAUCGUGGAUCACGUAAAGCAGAAGAUCGCUGCUGCAGGCAAGAAGAGUUAUAUGUUCGUCGUGGGCAAGUUGAACGCAGCCAAAGUAGCCAACUUCAGCGAAAUCGGUGGUUGGGUCGUCAUUGGGUGCUGGGAGAGCUCACUGGUCGACAGCAAGGACUUCUGGAAGCCGGUCAUCACGCCGUUUGAGUUGGAGGUUGCUCUCAAGGCGGACGAUGAGCGGGUCUGGACGGGAGCCUGGCAGAGCGAUUUCCAGAGUAUCCUUGACCAGCCACCUGUCGGUUCGUCUAAGAAUGGAGAAGAGACAAAGGAUUCAACCGUAACCUCGACCGGGGACGACAACCAGGGCGACGAGGACGAAGAUCAACACCAAGACGAGGACGAUAUGUCCGAGCCUGAGUCUGCGCCACCAGAAUUUGACCUCCGCACCGGUCGGUAUGUAUCCCACACGCGUCCGAUGCAGGAAUCCGCACCCCGCCUAUCUGCACAGGGAGGAUCCAAAGCCGGAAAUGCAGCAAUCUCUGCGGCAGAUGGCCCGUCCGCAGCGCGAGCGCUCGCAAGACGGGCUAAUGGUGAUUUAGCCAUGAUCGGCGGCUCUUUCUCGCCAGGGGCGGAAUUCUUGCGGUCACAAAGGACGUGGGCCGGUCUGGGAAGCGAUUUCAAUAGCGCAGCGAACAGUGUUCAAUAUGACGGCGAGGGGGAGGGGGUGGACGACAGCACACUGGUUGUGGAAGGGCGCAAGGGUAUUGCAAGGGGAUAUACAGUAGGAGACUCCAUAGACAGGCAUUGA